AUGAAAAACAUACUGUCCUUGAGCUAUAAUGAUCUUCCACCAAACCUCAAGACUGUCUUGUUGCACUUAAGUAAUUUCCCCGAGGAUUAUGUGAUUGACAGAGAAAGGUUGGUGAGGCAAUGGAUUGCGGAAGACUUUAUUUCUGAAGAGCGUGGGAGGAGCUGUCAAGAGGUUGCAGAAAGUUAUUUGUACGAGCUUAUCAAUAAAAGCUUGGUCCAACCAGUGAACAUUUGUUAUGAUGGAAUGGUUGGUGCCUGUCGAGUUCAUGACAUGAUGCUUGAACUUAUCAUUUCAAAAUCCAUUGAAGAAAAUUUCAUCACUGUGGUGAACGGCAGUCAAACUGUUUGGGGAAAUCCUCAGUGUUCUAUUCGACGUUUAUCGAUCCAGGACAUUGACCAGGAGCUUGCAUCUGAAUUGGCAAAAAAAGAUCUAAGCCAUGUCCGAUCUCUUAUAAUAACAUCAUCAGGAUGCAUCAAGCACUUGCCCAGUCUUACUAAGUUUAAAACUUUACGUGUACUAGAUUUUGAAGGUUGUCGAGGCCUGGUGGAGUAUGAUAUGGAUGGUAUGGAAAAGCUGUUCCAGCUAAAGUACCUAAGCUUUAAUGAAACGUACAUACGGGAGCUGCCAUCUGCAGUUGUGAUGCUACGUGAUCUAGAGACGCUGGAUUUAAGGGAAACAGAAAUCAGAGACUGUCCUGCCAGAAUUGUUCAGCUCACGAAACUACGUCAUCUACCGAGCGACAUGGAUCAUGCGAAGAUACCAAUCGGGAUGGAUCAUGCGAAGAUACCAAUCGGGAUUGGGAAUAUGAAAAACUUAAGGGAGAUCACAGGCUUUGACAUUACCAUGAGUUCAGUAGGUGCAGUGAAGGAGCUAGGGAGCCUGAUCAAUUUGAAGGUACUCCAUGUAUGGUUCACGAUGAAAGAUGAAGAAUCUCAAGAGUACAAGAUUCAUGCAGAGAUGUUUCAUUCUUCACUAUGCAAGCUUGGCAGCUACAAACUCCAGUCCGUGUGUAUAGAUGGUGGUUAUUCAUAUCCAUUCGAGUUAUUAGAUUCCUGGUCUCCUCUUCCAUCUUGCCUCCAAAGAUUUGAGAUGGGCAGCACCCAUUACUGUUUAUCAAAACUGCCAAAGUGGAUUACUCCAGCACUCACCAGUCUGGCAUACCUAGAAAUUAAUUUAAGUGUAAUAACAGAGGAGGUUCUUGGCAUACUUGGAGAGCUGCCUGCAUUACUUUCUCUGAAGCUUUAUACCAACACGGUCCAUAAAGACAGGCUUGUUUUGCCAGGCAAAGGAUUCGGAUGUUUGAAGGAGCUCGUUUAUGAACCUUUUGAUGAAGGUGCCGGGACCCUUCUGUUUGAGGAAGGGGCACUGCCAAAGCUCGAGCAGCUUGAGCUGUGGUUGUCCGUAUCAGUGGCAAAGGCCUAUGGGUUCUACUUAGGUAUUGAGCACCUCCCGUAUCUGAAAGAUGUACGAGUUCUUCUUCAGAACCGGGAUGCCACAUAUUGUGAAGUCGAGGCUGCAGAAGUUGCCAUAAGGAAUGAAAUAAGUCUCCAUCCCAACCAUCCCAGGUUUAUUGUUGGAUGA